GUCCUUAAACAAGAGGAAUUCAAAAGUGAUCAUAUAAAACCUGGUGAAACAUUAAAGGGAACAUACACAUACAAAAUAUAUUACUCAAAAUCAAAAUCGCCAUGGGUAUUCAGAAAAUUGCUACCAGAUUCCGCGUUUAUACUGCAUGAGGAAUGCUGGAAUGCUUACCCGUAUUGUAAAACCGUUGUUACGGCGCUUGGUUUAUCAGCAGAGUUACUCAAAAAACGUGAAGUUGUGAUGGUUGAUAUUUAUGACAGUUCUGUGCUAAAACCAAGUGACAUAACCCCGGAAACCGAUCCGAGGGUUUUUAAGUCAAAGAAAACCGGAAGAGGAGAGCUCAAACCAGAUUGGAGUACUACAUCGAAACCAGUUAUGUGCUGUUAUAAGGUAGUGCAGAUUCAAUUCAAAAUGUUCGGUGUACAACGACUCGUCGAAGGGUUGUGUCAAAAGCAAUAUCCUCGCAUAUUCAAUAAAUUCAACAGGGAAACAUUUUGUGCAAUCGACAGAUGGUACGACUUAACAAUGGAAGAAAUUCGAGAAAUCGAAAAUGAAACUGCCGCAUCGCUGAAAAAACGUAUUAAAGAUGAUCAGAUACGUGGAAUCGUUUGCGAUAUAGGUGAUCAGGGGAAAGUUACGUGA